AACCUCCUUGAGGAAAAUGCGCGCGAAGUGACGCGACACGCGCCGCUCUACAAGUGCUCUUACUAUCUUCCACGAACAGCGCGAGAAGUGGGGCGUGAAAACGACUAGCCCUUUUGAGGGGACAAACAUGACUGUGGUGCCCGGGGAGAACCUCGACGAGACUGUGGCAUUGGCAGCCCUGUCCCAAGAUGUUUACGACCCUGAACGGGCAGACCAGGAGUGCUGCGAGCGGGUGGUUAUCAACAUCUCCGGCUUGCGCUUCGAAACCCAAUUAAAAACACUGGCUCAGUUCCCUGCCACCUUACUUGGUGACCCCAGGAAAAGAAUGCGCUUCUUCGACCCUCUGAGGAACGAGUACUUCUUUGACAGGAACCGACCGAGCUUUGAUGCCAUCCUCUACUACUAUCAGUCUGGAGGCAGGCUGAGGAGACCCGUCAAUGUUCCUGUGGACAUCUUUAUGGAGGAGAUUAAAUUCUACGAGCUAGGAGAAGAAGUCAUUGAGAAUUUUAAGGAGGACGAGGGUUUCAUCAAGGAGGAAGAGCGACCUUUGCCCGAAAACGAGUUUCAGAGACAGGUCUGGCUGCUGUUUGAGUACCCCGAGAGCUCUGGACCCGCGAGGGGCAUCGCAAUCGUCUCGGUGCUCGUCAUUUUGAUAUCAAUUGUAAUCUUUUGCUUGGAGACUUUACCAGAGUUUAGGGAGGACGGGAAAAUGUACGAGGAGCACCUCGCAUUCAAUGGAACUGCUAGUUCAAAGAAGCCCAAUCCAUUCACAGACCCCUUCUUUAUCGUGGAGACCCUUUGUAUAAUCUGGUUCUCCUUUGAAUUGCUCGUGAGGUUUCUCGCGUGCCCAAGCAAGCCCGCCUUCUUCAAGAAUAUCAUGAACACAAUUGACAUCGUGGCUAUUAUUCCCUACUUCAUCACCUUGGGUCUGGAGUUGGCCGAGCAUCAGGGCAACAGCCAGCAGGCGAUGUCUCUGGCCAUCCUGAGGGUCAUUCGUUUGGUGCGGGUGUUCCGCAUAUUCAAGCUGUCCAGACACUCGAAGGGGCUUCAGAUCUUGGGCAAGACCCUGCAAGCGAGCAUGCGAGAGCUGGGUCUCCUCAUAUUCUUCCUUUUCAUUGGAGUAAUACUGUUCUCCAGCGCCGUGUAUUUCGCCGAGACAGACGACCCCGACUCGGGGUUCAGCAGCAUCCCCGAUGCCUUCUGGUGGGCAGUGGUUUCCAUGACAACUGUGGGCUACGGGGACAUGUGCCCAGUCACCAUCGGUGGCAAAAUAGUGGGCUCUUUAUGUGCCAUCGCUGGUGUGCUCACCAUUGCGCUUCCAGUGCCCGUCAUCGUGUCCAAUUUCAAUUACUUCUAUCACAGGGAGACUGAGCACGAGGAGCAGAUGCAGUACACGCAUGUAACGUGUGGCCAGCAGCAACCCUCGUUUGGUGAAUUUAAAAGGAGUGACAGCAAAGCGUCCCUUUCUAAAUCAGACUAUUUGGAUUCAGAGGAUGGAGAUUCAGUCAAGUACACCAACUGCAGCCCCCAUAAAGCAUACACAGGGAACCUUACUGAUGUAUGAAUAUAGAACGUCAACAAUUAUAAACCCAAAGAAGCGCACCUUUCUCUGUACAGUCAUUAAAAUGGACUACGUGGGACAAAACAAACUUCAUUUAAACCGCAUUCACUUGUUCCUAUCAAAGGAAUGAUGCACAGUGUCUCAAAAGGAAUCAUAUUGUCAAAUGUGGAAUCUAACCAUGAGGAAAUAGGACAACGUGGUGAAGAUAAAGAAGAUGUUUUGAAGUGCGCUGAGGUAGAAACUAUUUACUUGAAAUCACAGAGUACAUGCACAAACAAUUUGUGAGAUGCAUCUUGAUGUUUAUCUGCCCCUAAAACAACAACAUGCUACUGGGACAGGUGUGUGUGAGUAUGUACACGUGAAUAUGUGUCUUCAGACCAGCAGUGUCAUGUUUAAACGUUACAGAUCAUGUGCUAUAACCAAAACAUAUUAUGGCAUGCAUGGAAAGCUGGGCAUGGAAUAAAUCUUGAUUAUUAUG